AUGAUGGGAUCAAUCGAGUUGUCGAGCAGAGGCUUGAAGCAGAGAGGAUCAGUAGGCUGUGAGCUGUCCUGUUUCUGUGGAUUUAGAAUUGGGUGCUGUGGUGUUCUUGAUCCAACAUCAACAGGGGCUGUGAGCUUGAGGACUCUGAUUCGAGACGGGCGUCUCGACUUCGGAUUUGGAUUGUACCAUCUAUUUGAGGUUGAGGCCGUCGGAGAUAUUCCAGUCGCUAGCCCCAUUAGCGCGAGGAUUUUCUUUGUCGGAUUUAUUCUGCUUUUGCGUCUUAUAUACUGGUAUUGUGGGUUUGUAUUGUGGACUUUAUGUCGAACCUUUGGGUUUGCUGCUUUUGUUUUCCGCUGCAGAUUUUCACACUACUUCGUGGAUUUGUUUUCUUCGUUGUAGUGGAGUAUGAUG